AUGUCGACCAAGUGGCGGCAUUCGCGCGGCGAGCCGGCGCCGCGGCCAGCGGGCCUCGUCCAGCCACCGGCCGAACCGCGCCUCUUCGCCGGCGUGUACUCGACGGUGCUGCGCACCUCCAUCGUCACCAGCACCACGGCCACCGACUUCUUCACCUGCUUCAGCACAUUCAGCACGACGUUCCAGUGCGGCGGACGUAGGAAGCGGAGGAGCCAGGCCAGACACGAAAUCCUCCCGGGGCCAUCAUCUCCCGAACUGGACGGUCAUCUGCAUCCGGCCACGCGCGAAGAGCUGCUUUCCUCCCUGGGCGAGCACGGCCUGCCGCGGGAGGAGCACGCCCCGACGCCCGCUGACAAGGACAAGCUACUGCUUACCAUCUUCACCACGUCUACCACUACGGCCACGCUCUCCACCAAGACCAUCAACACAGCCACCACAGUCAGCAUCAUCUAUUUCUGCUCCACCUCCAAUAUGUCCACCUUCCCGUCGUGCGGCUAGGCGGUCUGCGAGCACCGGGUGCCUUCGAUCUGGGAGCACUUCGCUGGCGUAGUACUCAGUUACUUCAUGCUAUAGGGCGCUCUCUGCUGUUCUCAAGGGUGUGCCUAGUACGCCUACCUGGAAUACUUCUGUCAUUCCGUAGGCCAUGAGAUGGAAACAUGCA